AUGGCAACACACGUCCUCGCCGUGAGCAGCACCAGCCUCGCCAUCUCGACGACUACAUGGUGGACCUGCCUCAGCGACGGUUGCCACAUGAUGAGACACACUGCUGGCCAGUCUGCAACAGAGUACAGCAGGCCCUGGGAGGUGACACACACGCCCCCUGCUGGACACACCGCUGCAGACACGUCAGCAGCCAUACUCCUGGCUCUUCAGGAGAUCAAAAGGGAAACCAAGGAGAUAAGGGAGGACUCCAGGCAGCUGCAGAGGGAGGUGCAGUUCCUGAUGCAGCAGCACCAGUCCACCCCUCCACGUUCGCCUGCCAGAGAAGUCACCACCAGAGUGGAUCAGGUGACGUCCACCCCACACCAGAGGUCGGCUCCCCAACACUCAUCGCCGCUCAUUGCAGAGCUGUCCGAGCAAGUGCGGAGCAUGAACCUGUCAAAAGGUCAGCUGCCAUCACCAUCAUCAGGGGUCACGCCGGAGUACGUAAUGCCGUACAGUCCACGGCACCCAUCAGUGGCCCAGCGACAACAGCCAGUGUUCCCCUCAUCAGCGGACCUGAGUUCCCAGUUCUGCGGCCACAUCACCGUGACCUCCGACCCCGCAGUGCCUGAUGCAGGUAACUUCAGCCUGUACCCGGAGCUGCUGGAGGCCACGCGGAGAAGUAGCGACACAGAUGGCAAGAGACCUAAACCAGUGGAACGUCGCCAGAUGGUACCAAUACUCACAGAUGAAAUGAGAAGAUAUGAAGCUAAUCCCAAUCGUGCACAGUGCCUAUCUGUGGUUCAAAAUAUCAUCAGGUAG